AUGACACUCCCAUCUGUCAACGUAAACUUUACUCCAUCUCUUGCAACCGACAACAAGCCCAAACGAAAGGCAUGGUUCCGUCGUUGGAUGAAGCGUGGUGCUGCGACAACAGUCGUACCUGAAUCCGAAAGCUUGGAAUUAGACCUGAAGGAUCUCGCCACGGCGCUGACGACCACGUCUGAUCCGUCUCGUUCCAACGACAACAAGAGCAUGGUACUCAUGUCUCUGGAAGAUAUCCGUUUGGGCAAGAUCUGGAGAAAGGGUUCCCAUGCAUCGACUGGAGUAGCGUACCACAGUGUCCAAGGCUUUGCCAAGACCAUGGAUCAUCCAGAGUUGUACUCGGUCAAGCGCCUCAGUGACAAGAAAGAAGCUUCACGGGACAAGCAAACGAAGGUCCGAGCUCUCAAGCUGUUGGUUCGCGAAGCCACGAUCUUGACGAAACUGGGCGACCAUCCCAACAUUGUCUCGCUGCGAGGCUUGUGUUCCACGCUCUUGCCGGUCCAUUCGGACUUUUUCCUUCUCACCAAUCGCCUUCAUUCCGAAACACUCGAAGACCGUAUUCACCAAUGGCAACAGCAGGGCGCUAUCCGAAAGGACAACAGCACCGCCUUUUACACGGCCAUCUACGGAGAAGAUCGCCAAGAAGACAAGGACGACGACACGGAGAUUCCCAACGAUGAAGGCAUCCCCAUGAAGGCCAACUACGCCUUUCAGAUUGCCAAAGCAAUCCAAGCCUGUCACAAGAUGAAGAUUGUUCUACGAGACUUGUCGCCCGCCAACAUUGGCUUUCGACACGACGAUCCUCAUUGCGUGCAGCUCUUUGAUUUGGGACAUGCCCAAGACACGGAAUCGACACGCACGGAUCUCAAGGAGCCAUUGUGGGGCAAGCGGCGCUACAUGGCGGGGGAGAUUUGGACCACGGGACAGUACUCGGAAAAGGCUGAUGUGUACAGUUGGAGUAUGAUUCUCUGGGAACUCUGCAUGGAGCGCAAACCCUACCAGGGAAUGUCUCCGUUGGAGCACCAAAAGUAUGCCUGUGAAGCGGGGGAACGACCUCCGUUGGCGUGCUACUAUCUACCGGAAGAGCUGGAUAGCAUCAUUCUGCAAUCCUGGGAGCACGAUCCCUCAAGGCGAUGGAGUAUCGACAAGGUGUGCAAGAAGAUGCAACAUCUGCUCAUGCAGCUGGAUACUUAUGUCUUUUUUGAGCAAAGCGACGAGGACUUUUUGUUUGACCUUUUCUUGCCGACCAUGGGGGUAUCGCAGGGCAGCAACUACAAUGAUGAUACUAUUAGUCUCUUGGGCGAUGAAGACGAAGACAGUCUCCACGAGAUGGACCUCCUUGUGGAGGCGGUGGCCUUGACAUCCACAGAAACUGCCCUGCAAGACUCGGAUGCCCACUGGCUCAUACCAGCGUCAUGCAUGCUGGUCAGCGAUGAUCUUCCGCUGGGUGAUGCUGCUUGCUUUACUCCGCCACAAGUCCUGAUGCCAGACGAUGAUGACGUUCCGCCCACCAAGCUUCCCUCGUCACGGGCGUCCAGCGCUACCUUGUCCUCAAGUCACAAGAUGCUGCCCGUCAAGAUGGUGUCGUCGGCUGCUUAA